AUGGACCCUGUUGCGCGCCCGCCCACCCCGCCGCCGCCUCCUCCAGAAGACUUAGCGGCACCUCCGCCUCCGCCAGACAGCGGUGUCCCUCCGCCUCCUCCGAAUGAUGUGCCACCUCCUCCGCCCGUGGAGGCUGGCAAGAAAGAGAAGAAGGGAUGGGGCGCAAAGCGUCCGGCAGUAACUCCUUUGAGUGUUGAGGAGUUGAUACGCAAGAAGAAAGACGCCGAUGCGGCGAUGGCGAAGGUAAGCAUCCCAUCCCCCAGACAAGCAGAACACCCGGUGCAGAUUCUGACAUCCACCCUUUCCUUUCAGCCUAAAUUCCUAUCGAAAGCAGAACGAGAGAAACUUGCGUUGCAAAAGCGAGCCCAAGAAGUCGAGGCAGAGCGCCUGGCCAAGGUCCGCGCCGACGGCGCUGAUCGCAAUGGCCUCACACCCCCAGAAUCAUCAACCAGGCCUCCGGAGCCUCGCAAUUCUCGAGGGGACCAAUCGUCACGACAUGUGCCUACUGGCCCGCGAACGAUGUACGACGAUGCCCCAUCAGGGCCUGCUGCGAUGCGGAAGGGGGGUCGACAGCACCGUCGCGACAGGGACAUGUCGCCACCUCCGGCGAAUUUGAAGAGCGAAAAGCGCCUUGCCGAAGAGGAUGAGGGGUCGGCUCAGGCCGCAUUGAUAAAGAACCGAUACAUGGGAGUCGAUCAAACGUCAAAUUUCUCGGCAAAAAAGAAGCGCAAGCGUACCGCCGAUCGCAAAUUCAACUUUGAGUGGAAUACCGAGGAGGACACAAGUGGCGAUUACAAUCCUCUAUAUCAACACAGACACGAGGCGAAUUUCUUUGGCCGGGGUCGUCUAGCAGGCUUUAGCGACGAUGUGGCGGAUGAUGUUACUCGCAAGUAUGCGGAGGCACUGGCGAGUCGCGAUAAAGAAGCUGGCAGCGCGCGAGCUCAGCAGAUAUUGGAGAUGGAACGCCGCCGACGCGAGGAAAGCACGCGUACACAGAUUGACAAGCAUUGGAGUGAGAAGCGCUUGGAUCUCAUGCGCGAGCGAGACUGGCGUAUCUUCAAGGAAGAUUUCAAUAUUUCGACCAAGGGUGGCAGCGUGCCCAAUCCUAUGCGCUCAUGGGAGGAGAGUCAGCUGCCGAAACGUUUGUUAGAGCUUGUUGAUCGUGUUGGAUAUAAGGAGCCGACGGCUAUUCAGCGCGCAGCUAUUCCCAUAGCCUUGCAGUCGCGUGACCUUAUUGGUGUCGCCGUCACAGGUUCCGGUAAGACGGCCGCAUUCCUUUUGCCACUACUGGUAUACAUUUCAAAUCUACCGCGACUUGACGAGAAUGAAUGGCGCAAGAACGACGGGCCAUACGCUAUUGUCCUGGCACCUACCCGUGAAUUGGCGCAGCAGAUCGAGAUUGAAGCAAAGAAGUUCACAGGGCCUCUUGGCUUCAACGUGGUCAGUAUUGUCGGUGGACACUCCAUCGAAGAACAAGCCUUUAGUCUGCGCGAUGGCGCAGAAAUCAUCAUCGCGACACCCGGUCGUCUUGUCGAUUGUAUCGAGCGUCGCAUGCUUGUAUUGAGUCAAUGCUGCUACGUGAUUAUGGAUGAAGCCGAUCGCAUGAUAGACCUUGGAUUCGAAGAUUCCGUGAAAACAAUCCUAGAUGCCCUCCCAGUGAGCAACCAGAAGCCGGACACCGAAGAAGCCGAGAACCCACUCGUAAUGAGCAAACAUGCCUACCGCCAGACGAUGAUGUACACAGCCACCAUGCCUCCCGCAAUCGAACGCAUAGCCCUCAAAUAUCUCCGCCGCCCAGCAACCAUCGCAAUCGGCGGCGUCGGCGAAGCCGUCGACACAGUCGAGCAGCGUGUCGAGAUGAUCUCCGGCGAAGACAAGCGCAAAAAGCGCCUCAACGAGAUCCUCUCAUCAGGCGAGUUCCGGCCCCCGAUCAUCGUCUUCGUCAACAUCAAGCGAAACUGUGACGCCAUCGCCCGCGAAAUCAAACAAAUGGGUUUCUCCUCCGUCACACUCCACGGCUCCAAAACCCAAGAUCAGCGUGAAGCCGCUCUCGCCUCCGUGCGCAAUGGCUCAACGGAUGUCCUUGUCGCCACCGAUCUCGCUGGAAGAGGUAUCGAUGUGCCGGACGUCUCUCUCGUCAUUAAUUUCAACAUGGCAACCUCCAUCGAAAGCUACACCCACCGUAUCGGUCGUACCGGUCGUGCUGGAAAGAGUGGUGUUUCUAUUACUUUCCUAGGUAGCGAGGAUAGCGAUGUCAUGUAUGAUCUCAAGCAGAUGCUUAUCAAAUCGCCCAUCUCGCGUGUCCCCGAGGAACUGCGCAAGCACGAAGCGGCGCAGUCUAAGCCGAACCGCGGACCUGGUGGAAAGAAGAUCGAGGAUAGUUCUGGAUUCGGAGGCAAGGGAGGAUGGGCUUAG